AGGUUUAGCUACAAACGGCCUCACGCCUUUAUAUCUCCCUCCCAUUGAUACCAUCACGCCACUCGUACGUUCCUUUCACCUCCCCACGCGAACGCUCUUCUUACUCUUUCCCUUCUCCGUUUCCCACCCAUCUCUCCCUCUUAUCAAACCCUAGUAGCAGUGAGAAGGCCUUGACCAAUGGCUUCAAAACGUAUCAACAAGGAAUUGAAGGAUCUGCAGAAAGACCCUCCUGCAUCUUGCAGCGCAGGUCCAGUUGCUGAUGACAUGUUCCAUUGGCAAGCUACAAUUAUGGGCCCUUCUGAUAGCCCAUUUGCUGGAGGUGUAUUUCUUGUAACUAUUCACUUUCCUCCAGAUUAUCCCUUCAAACCACCCAAGGUGUCCUUCCGCACAAAGGUUUUUCACCCUAACAUCAAUAGCAAUGGCAGUAUCUGCCUUGACAUCCUCAAAGAGCAAUGGAGCCCUGCCCUCACAAUAUCCAAGGUUCUCCUGUCCAUAUGCUCUCUGCUGACAGAUCCCAACCCAGAUGAUCCUCUGGUGCCAGAGAUUGCUCAUAUGUACAAAACUGACAGAGCCAAAUAUGAGGCUACUGCUCGAUCAUGGACCCAGAAAUAUGCCAUGGGGUAGGUUCUCCGGUUGAUCUGCGAGAUAGAUAUCUUGCACAAUCCCUAUUAUAUAUUUAGUAAAUAAAUAGUGUUGAAUUGUGGAAGUAAGCAAAGCAUGAAACUCUAGUAUGGUUUGUAUUCUGAAAUUGGUCCUUAAUCUUGGAAUGGCAGCAACAGGUAUUUUAUAGUGACUUGAUGUUGAUGGACAAAAAGUGUCUGUGCUGCAUGUUGUCCUCCGUGUUUUGCCUUAAUAGUCUCCUGUUCUAUGGAUUUUUAUUCAGAAUCUAAUUAGCGCUCCCAUUUCUGUC